CCCAUCUCGCCCCACCCCCCGAGACUCCCCACCCCCCGGCCCGCGCGGAAACCCAAGCUUGCGCGGAAUCCAAGGUGAGAAUCCAUGGGCGGCGGCGGCGGCGAACUCACUCCCACCAGCACCCCUUCCUCACCGUCGAGCUCGUCGGAGCCCCUUCAUCCUGAGUUCGCCGAGUACGUGGCCGUCUCGCCGAUCUCCGACGACGACGAAUCAUGCUGCGUUUGCGACGACGACGAGGUGGACGCCAUCCGUUGCCGCCAACUGCGUGAGGCGAAAGAGCACUUCAACCGCCAACUGCGUGAGGCGAAAGAGUUCCACUUCAACCGCCAACUGCGUGAGGUGAAAGAGCUCAUCAGGAGGUAUAAGCCUGGUGACUGGGUUGAAGGAGUUGGCGGCGCAAAGGCUGGACAUUUUCUCUUGCCUGAGAUCACCACAUUGCUGCUGGUGGGCCCUAGAGGUUCUGGCAAGAGCACACUUGUAAACCGAAUUACAAGGGUCUUUGACAAGGAUGAUGAUCCUUUUGCACCAGAUCGAGCACAGGUGUCAUGCAAUUCAACAUCAAAUCGUACAAUCUUUCUUCAUGAGUAUCCAAUUCCAAGGAAUUCAAGUGCCAUAUGUAUUUAUGAUACAUGUGGCUGGUCAAACGACCCAAAGAAAAAUUUCAAAAUGCUGCAUCAAUGGAUGACAAAAGGAAUAAGCCAUGGGGAGACAAUAAUGUGGGAUAAUGAUGAAGGCAAUAAGACAGGGGGCAUCAAACCAUUGGGGAGGCAAUACAGUUUUCUUCGUUACAUAACCAGGAAGGUCAAUUUCGUGAUAUUUGUUGUUGACGGUGUCGCUGUCCUUGAGUCAAUUGAUAGCAACAAUAAAGGAUACACUGAGAUACUCCAUCAAACUUUUAUGUAUCCAUUCUUAUCGAUUGGAGAUGACAAACCUGUUGUUGUUGUCACACAUGGUGAUAGACUAUCGAUACAGCAGUGUGCUCAUGUUCAAAAUGAGUUAACAGAGCUACUAAACAUUCCUGCCCAGCAAAUUUAUGCUAUACCAGGAUCUGAUGAUUUCCAAACUGAUAUGGCUGUAUUGGAUAUGUUACAUUACUGUGUCCGACGUGCAGAGCAGAACCUCCCUGUUAAAUUGAAUUACCAUUUAGAGGUGCUUGGGCGUGAAACUCUCAAUAAAAUGGCAGAGCAAUUGAUGGGCUUAGAUGCAGUCAUUGAAGUCGCCAUUAUUUUCCUCUGCAUCGUAAUCCUUCUGCUUCGAUUUUCAGAUAAAUUGGUGCCGGCAUAGCUAUGUUGUGCACUUGGAUUGUAAAUAAGAUAACAAUUACGGUUAGUAGUCUUCCUUAGCUACAAGAGGACUCAAGGUAGUUGAGCAAAUAAAUCGUUUGGAUGGCGUGCCACCCAUGAUUGUUUGUGGUUAUGCUAGACAUCGAGUACAAUAUUACUUUUACGUGUGCAUUGUAUAUAUCGACAGAACGCACUGUGAUGGAGCUUUGUAUAUAUUUAUAAUAUAAAUAAAAUAGUUUCUCACGAA